UCUCUGAAGAAUCCUAUAUCCUACCCUCUAGAAUUUCUGACUCUCAGACUGGUUUCACAUGACUAACCUGCAACACCCUCAAAAGUCAGGACACAAUAAAAGCCAACCUCCCUUUCCCUCUCUCUUUCUGUCGUGGUAAAAAAGCUAACUCCUCUCUGCCACCCUGCCACCCAUUUUCAGGUACUAUUGCAGCUCCCAUUCACCUAAGCUAACCCCCUCAUUCACUAUCUCACUCAAAAAGAUUCCUUCCUUUUACCCUCGUCUCCCCUUUCUCCCUCUUCUUAUUAAACAACCACCGACUCCCUCAAUUAUUUCCCUAUAAUUAUUCUGGCUCUCCCAACAAUGGAAGCUUUUAGCUUGCUCAGGUACUGGAGAGGUGGUGGCGGUGGUAGUGCUGCUAUCGGUGGUGGUGGUGGUGGUGGGUGCGGUGGAGAUGGUUAUUGUAACGUACGCGCCACUAAAAUUGUCACUGCUGUGUCUCCAAGCAGAGCGGAAACUGAUGAUGAGAAUGAUGACGAUGAUGGGCCUUUUUUUGACUUGGAGUUUGCAGUUCCUGAUGAAGAAGAGGAGGGAGGAGACGGCAAAGAAGAGAACAAAGGAAACAAUGGGGCUGAUUCUGAAGAGGAAAACGAUGCUGCUGACACUUCUGACGAGGAUGAGGUUGAGGAUGAUGACAUUGACGAAGAGAGGGAGAUUAAUUUCACUCUCUCUUCGGCUUCUAGCAAUGACAGGAGUGAUCUAAAUCUUGCUCUUUCUCCUUCUGAUGACUUGUUUUUCAAAGGAAGGCUUGUGCCCAUUGAGCCAUCUUCACUUGAGCCAAACUCAAAAUCCUCUCAGUUUUCGGUGUCUUUUCUAAAAUCUGCUGUAAAAUUUCGCGUAUUCAUGUUGGGAUUAAAGAAGAAACCAAACACUACAACAACAAAUGAAAAGGCAGAAGCUAAUGUGGUGCCGGCAUUAGCUUCUUCUACUCCCGAACUGCAAGGGGAGAAAGAUGAGGAAAAUGGCAAGCAGAGUAAGCUUUUUACUGUGAAAUUUAAGGUUGAGGAAGUUCCUGUAAUGUCUUUGUUUACUAGAGAGAAUAGCAAAAGUAUCAAGUCAUCGCAGAAGCAGAAUUCUACAGAAGAAUCAACUGCUUCAGCUGCUGGUGUUGCUUCUUCAGAUGAGAAGCUGAAAUUUUCAAAAGAUGUAAUGCAGAAGUACUUACAGAAAGUUAAGCCUCUUUAUAUCCGUGUUUCUAAACGGUAUGGAGAGAAGCUGAGAUUCUCUGGUCAAUUAAGUUUAGGCUCUGGGCAAAAAACACCGACUGCUCCGCCGCUAUCCACGGUGACCCAGAAAACAACAACGGCUGAUAAAGUUGAGAAGGAGAAGGAAAGUCUGGAAGAUCCGGCAGUGGCAGUGACCGAUCAUAAGGGUCGAAAACAGGGGAAUUUGCCUUCUGGGUUGAGGGUUGUGUGUAAGCAUUUAGGGAAAAGAAGAUCAGCUUCGUCGGCGGCGGUGGCAGCGGCUCCUCCAGGUCCUGUUUUGUCAAAUAGGAGAGAUGAUUCGCUGUUGCAGCAACAUGAUGGGAUCCAGAGUGCUAUUCUUCAUUGCAAGAGAUCAUUCAAUGCUUCUCGAGAUUCUGAUUCUUCUGUGCUCUCAAGGUCAGUGAGUGAUCCUUCACAUGAGAAAUCAAUAGAAAUAAUGUCAAGUCAUCAGAUCAUGAAGGGAAAGGUUCUUCUGUGGACCCAAAGAAGGCAGGAAAAUGAGAUUGAUUGAUCAGAGAUUGAUGAUGAUCUUCUGAGGAUUCUGUAAAGAAAAUGAUGAUUUCUGAAAUGAGCAGCAUGGCUUGGAAACCAGUUAAUCAGUCCACUCUGUUUUAUUUUUUUAAUUUUAUGAACUUGCUCGUCUGUAAAUAUGCCUUCUUUUGGAGGAGAUUUUGGUUAGUGAUUCAGCUUGAUGUCUAGCUACUGAAUCAGUAGUUUAUGAGUACUUUGCUAGCUAUUACUACUCUGGAUGUGAAAGUGUGAUUAGGCUUGGUUCGGUAAUAGUUUCGACCUUGUUAAAAACAUCAAAAAGAUGUUUUUUUGAGGUGCUAACUGCAAGUUGCAUCUAAAAACAAGCGGGCACUUGGUAAUGCUUAUGUAUC